AUGUCCAAGGAUCACAGCUCAUUGCAUGGCAUUGCAUGGGAAGAAAGACAAAUCGGAUGUCAGCACAAUCAACACGUGCAGAGCACUCGAGCGCUGGCUGGAAAGCUUCACGGCCUUGGCGACACGAGGCGGCCUUGGGAGGCUGAAUGCCAAGAGAUGAGAGCCUUGGCCUUCCGCCUGAAGGGUCUUGGCGAGGAACAUCACCAGCCGCCAAUAACACCGUCUCAAUGA